GCCGCACCGGACCGAGCCGGAUCGGGGCAGGCGGCGGCGGAGGCAUCAUGAAGCUCGUUAUCUUGGAGACGUACGCGCAGGCCAGCGAGUGGGCCGCCAAGUACAUCCGCAACCGCAUCGUGCACUUCAGCCCCGGCCCCGGGCGGUUCUUCACGCUGGGGCUCCCCACAGGGAGCACCCCGCUGGGGUGCUACAAGAAGCUGAUCGAGUACUACCGGAACGGGGACCUCUCCUUUAAAUACGUGAAAACGUUCAACAUGGACGAAUAUGUAGGUCUGCCAAGGGAUCACCCAGAAAGUUAUCAUUCCUUCAUGUGGAAUAACUUCUUCAAACAUAUUGACAUCUCAGCAGAAAACGUUCAUAUUUUGGAUGGAAACGCAGCUGACUUACAGGCUGAAUGUGAUGCAUUUGAGGAUAAAAUCAAAACAGCUGGCGGAAUUGAACUCUUUGUUGGAGGUAUUGGCCCAGAUGGUCACAUCGCCUUCAAUGAGCCUGGAUCAAGUUUGGUAUCGAGAACGAGAGUGAAGACCUUGGCUAUGGACACAAUAUUGGCUAAUGCCAGAUUCUUCAAGGGAGACCUCUCCAAAGUUCCCACGAUGGCUUUGACAGUUGGAGUAGGCACUGUCAUGGAUGCAAGAGAGGUGAUGAUUCUUAUCACAGGAGCACAUAAGGCAUUUGCUCUGUAUAAAGCCAUUGAGGAAGGUGUCAACCACAUGUGGACGGUAUCUGCUUUCCAGCAACAUCCCAACACUGUGUUUGUGUGUGAUGAAGAUGCUACUCUGGAACUUAAAGUUAAGACAGUGAAAUACUUUAAAGGUUUAAUGAUGGUUCACAAUAAGCUUGUGGAACCCUUGUACAGCAUGAAGGAGACAGGAGCAGAAAGAAGCCAAUCUAAGAAGCCAUACAGCGAUUAAUCUCUUACUGUUCAGAGAAAUGCUAAACCAACUCUUCUAUUGAAAACCGUCUGUGAAGAAAGGGAAUUGCUGCAUAAACCCAGUACCUGUUCUUAAAUUAGGAGAAUGAUGAUGUGCUUGCUUCUCUCCGUUGAACACAUGCCAGACACCUACCUUAACCAAAUGAGGAUGGGAUCCAACAUACUGUGUUGCACAAACCUUCAACACUAACAUUCUCUAAACAUAUAGGCAGCAGAGGAGGAGUUCUUUAAUCUGUAAAGGAACUGUGAUCAUGUGGACAGAAGGCUCUGGAACUCAAAUGUGAGCUGAUGUUACAGAGAUCAAACGGGUAAUCACUUAGGAAUGUAUUCCUUGCACUUUGAAGAGGAUGUUGUGUCAUUUCUCCCUCCACAAAACACUCCUACUUCAUACUCAUUUAAAAUGAGAACUCUGCUUGUUCAGCUGGGAGAAGGAAAGGCUUUGUGGGGACCUAACAGCAGCCUGCUUCAUAGCUAUGAGGAGGCCAAAAAGAAGAUAAGAUUGUCAGUUGUAAUUUCAGUUAUUUGUGGACACAACCCAAACAAAACCUCAUCUGUUGAGUUUCAGCAAAUAAACUUUUAUGAUCUGGUGCUUAAAA